AUGGAUGCUGGCCGCGACUUUAAUGCAGUUGGCUACGGGGAACAUAGCCAUAAAGUGGGGAUGGCGUUCGUCUUCACAGGGCAAGGUGCCCAAUACCGACACAUGGCCAUGGAACUAAUGGGUCAUGCCGGCUUCGAAGCUUCGAUCAAGCUUUUCGAUCAAGCAAUUGCCGCUUUAGGUGCUACCUGGUCGGUAGCUGACAAGCUCAGUGCGGAAGGAUACACCGAAAUCGAUGACCCUGAAUUCAGUCACCCAAUGACAACUGCUUUACAGAUUGCGCUGUAUGAGCUCGUACAAGAUACCAACCUUUCCCCGACAGUUGUGGUGGGUCAUUCCUCCGGUGAAAUAGCCGCGGCAUAUGCUGCUGGCGCUUUGUCGUUCCACUCCGCUUGCAAGGUGUCAUACUUCAGGGGCAAAUGCGCGAGUGCUUUGAAGAAGUCGACAAAAACCGCGGGGGCUAUGAUGUCUGUCGAUCUUUCAGAGGAUGAAACGCGAGACUUUAUCUGCAAGCAUCCGCAAUACGAGGGCGGAAUUCACCUAGGCUGUGUCAACAGUCCAUACAACGUCACCCUUUCUGGUGAUGAGGGGGAGAUCGAUUCAAUCCAGUCAAGGUUGGACGCCGUUGGCAUCCGUACUCGCAAACUCAACACUGGGGUCGCGUACCAUUCACAACACAUGAAUGCUGUAUCGACGCAGUACAGAGACAGCAUUGGGAACCUUGAACGGGGUGCCAAGCUCGGGAGGCAGCCAUACAUGGUCUCAUCGGUAACUGGAAAGCUUGUGCAGAACCUUGAUAAGGUAUGCGUGCCGGAUUAUUGGGUCACCAAUAUGGUAUCACCAGUAGCGUUCUCCAAGGCUAUGCUGCACAUUUUCCAUACGAUGUGUAAAAAGCUGCCACGGAAGCUAGGGGGUCUCAAAGUCGAUUGCAUCCAGGACAUAAUCGAAAUUGGGCCGCAUGCUGCAUUACGCCGGCCCAUAACAGAAUGCAUCCGACAUAGCAUGCCCAGUUCUGGUCUACGGUACCACACAGUCUUGGAACGAGGUUCUGACGCAACUCGAACCACCCUCCGACUCUUUGGCGAAGCAUUCGCACUUGGAUAUGAUGUAGAUGUCCCGACUAUCAUCAACAUGCGUGAACCUCUGGGAAAGCCGCAUCUCCCAGUGGAGUUACCCCCGUACCCUUUCAAUCAUACCAGGCAGUACUGGCACGAGUCUGCAGUCAGUAGACACUCUCGGCUCCGAAAAGCUCCAAAGCAUGAGCUCCUGGGCACCCCAGUACCGGACUGGUACCCUUUACAACCAAGAUGGCGAAAGUUCUUUGACUUAACUGAAACUCCUUGGGUCGAUCACCACACGGUGAACGGGAGGACAAUCUAUCCUGCAACUGGCAUGGUCGCCAUGGCCAUCGAGGGUUCAACUCAAACCGCUGAUCCUCACCGAAGGACAUCUCAAUAUUUAAUCCGAGAUGCUGUGUUCCCUGCUCCAAUCACCGUGGGUGAACAAGGCGUUAGCGAAGUGCAACUCCACAUGCGACCGCAUCCCCAAUCCGACAACAGCUCGAGUUCCUUCGACUACAGUAUCAUCUCAAUCAGUCAUGGGCAGUGGAUGACCAACUGCCACGGAACGAUUGAAGUGAACUACGAAAGAGAAGCAUCCCCAGCUGAACACAGCCAAAGUCUUUACUAUCGCGAACAGUACCAGGAAGCUUUGCGGGCAUGCAAUCAGAAGGUCCCGACGCGUGACAUGUACGAGAACUUCGAGGCCAACGGGCUCGGCUAUGGGGACGCGUUUCUAGUCAUUGAUGACUUGGCGUGGGACGGGGCACAUCGCGCUGUAGGAAAGCUGCACUGCUUCAAAUGGGCACCAGAGCACUCACAACACGGCCGACAGCAGCACGUCGCACACCCCACAACCAUGGAUGGUGCCGGGCAGCUUAUCUGGUGCAUGGGUGGCAGCCUCGGGGUUUCAUACCCAGAGACCACACACCUCCUUGCCGCGUGCACCACAAGCUUGAAAGGACUGCGCGGUACCGACUCAACGAUAUAUGCCCUGGAUCCCGGAGGUGACUUGAAGCUGAUAAUGUCCCACUUGGAGACCACUUCCAUCGAGGGAAACGAGGUACAAUCCGUUGACAAUGCUCCAAGGCAGAUAUCCUAUAGGAUGAGCUACCAACCUGAUCUCGACCUAAUGACUGGACACCAGCAGACUGCUUUAAUCGACGUCAGCCUGCAGUGCGACGCCGAACCAGUUGCUUUCUACGCAGACCUCGAGCUGGCUAAUCUAUACUUCGUGUCAAUGGCCCUCAACGCACAGGAGACAGAAAGGACGCCAGCUGCCAACAUGAAGCCUCAUAUCGCAAGGUAUGUUAGCUGGCUGCGUCGUCAACUGGAUAAGUAUCGGACAGGGGAGCUGCGGCAUCGUCAGCCGGACUGGGUCGCUCGCAUCGAAGACACAAGCGCCAUGGAGGAGCUCAUCCAUCGUAUUGAUACAACGAAUGAUGAGGGGCAGUUGUUUGUUCGCAUCGGUCGUCAUCUCGGUCCAAUAAUCCAAGGUCAGACCGAUCCUCUUGAGCUCAUGUUCCGAUACGGCCACAGUGAGCGGUUCUAUCAGUCGGCCUGUGACAAGAUCAUGGAACGGAUUCAACUUGAAAAAUAG